AUGAGCGAUUUAUUACCUGCACUUGAUAUUGAGACUGCAGCAGUUGAUCGUCAUCAUAAUGAUGUAGAAUCAAUCGCACCUGCAAAUGCAUCAACUUUACAGCCAUCAAGAAGCCUCGAUACCAUCCGUACACAAAUUACUCCCAACAAAACUAUAUUGAGAAGUGACACGUUUUUGAAAGAUGAAAACGCUAAUUCAGCCAUCGAUAGCAAAACAUUACUCUCUAAAUUGUUUUCUAAAACAUUUGAGUGUAUUGGGGAUAACGAGCCAACGGAAUAUCAUUCGAUAAUUUUAUUACCAAUCAAAGAAAAUUCUAUUACACAGCCUUUGUGCUACAGAAUUGUGGAAAAUCAUGUUUCAACCUCAAAAUCAUUCACCUUCAAAUCCAGUAGAGGUUUUUGUGGUUAUGUGUUGAGUUUUCCAGUUUCUCACGAAGAUCAUUACACUGCAAAGAGUUUUAUUUCACAGCUUAUUGAAAAAAAGAGAAGAAAAAAGUUGAAACAAGAGAUUGAUUCCAUCUUUCAAAAGUAUUAUAAUGAUCACAAACUUAUGGAGGAAGAACAACCUGCUGUGAAUUUGGUGGAUGUAUCCGAUUGUACAGCUUUUCAGGAUCGAUAUGCUCUCUCUUCCAGCGCUCUCCUGUGCUCUAUUGCAAAGUGUUUUGAGUUGUAUGCUGAUAGAUUUGUUCUGACCUAUGCAGAAGAAAUUGGAAGGGUGGAGCAGGUGGAAGAUGAAACCUUCUUAAACCCUCAACAACAAUUCAUGGAGGAAGGAGACAAGAUAGCAACAAAAGCAAAGAUGCAACGAUUGAAAACAAUAGAUUCAGGAAAUGAAAAACUACGAAAAGUGCACAUUCACUCUGAAGUCCAUAUAGAGAUGACUUCAACUUACCAACAUUGCAAAAGUAAUAUGGAUUCCUCAAAAUCGGGCGACAACUCUUACGCAACAAACACCCAUUCUUCUCCACAUACAAACACAAAAAAUUUAACUCCAUCUCAACUACUAUUCAUCAUUAACGGCUAUUAUUCAAUAUUCUCAUCAAAAUUCAAAGUUAGCACUCCAGAUGGAACACUUAUUGGAACAAUCUCUUCGAGCUUUUCUUUUCAUAUCCAUCGAUUAACAAUUCUUGUGAAAAAUAAGAUACUGAAAACAAAAUACAUCAUCUCAAAUAAGCAUACAGAAGUAUCAAGAGCAUUCCAAAUUGUUAAGAAAGGAAGAAGGUUUAAUAAGGGUCGUCGAAAAUAUAAAGACACGUGUGGUUCCAUCAUUAAACAAUCGAGCGGAUUUAUGAAUGAGUUGGUGGCACCUUUGGACAAUGUCGUGAUUGACUUUCCAGAAAAUUGUGAUCCUUAUGAUCAGGUGUUGUUAUUUUCAGCUGCCUUACUCGUUGAAUGCAAAAUGUGA